AGAACUUUCAAGCUACUAGGUAUAGGCUCAGCAACAUCUCUCAAACAUGCUGCAGCGUUUGGCAGCGUCAAGGUCAAGAUGGCGGAAUACUAUCAUGCAGACGCGUCGAUGGAUUCAUAGCGAAGAUUCGCAGGCAGCACAAUCUUACACUGCGCGCAAGAAUUCUUGGUUUAGCCCGACAAUCUUCGUGCUAGGAUUUAUCCCGGUUUUCACCUUCGCAUUGGGAACUUGGCAAUUGCAACGUUUACAAUGGAAAAUUGCCUUGAUUGAUGAGCUCCAAGAAAAACUCCAUCGAGAGCCGAUCCUUCUGCCCAAGCGAGUAAAUCUCUCUGUCGUGCCAGACUUCGUCUAUCGUCGAGUGUUACUCCGUGGUAAAUGGGACCAUAAACACUCGAUGCUGCUGGGUCCUCGCGUCCGGGAGGGUUCGCAUGGAUACCAUGUUAUCACACCGCUGGUCAGGUCUGACGGAACAACCGUCCUCGUUGACCGUGGUUUCAUUGCAAAAGAGUUCGCCGAUAACGAUAACUUCGUACGAGGAGAAGCAGGCGAGGUCGAAAUAUUGGGGAUGCUAAGGACAUCGCAUACCCGAAACAGCUUUACCCCAGACAACCAACCAAGUGAACGAACGUGGUACUGGGCUGACGUUGAUGCUAUGGCAGACUACGCUGGUGGCGAAGCCGACCAUGUGCAGCCAGUGUUCAUAGAACAUAUUUAUGAGGGCUCCACUCAGGACGCUGCUUCGCGCCUGAGUAAGGGUAUACCACUUGGGCGCGCAGCCACCGUCGACGUUCGCAAUGCCCAUCUUUCAUACGUUAUCACCUGGUUUUCCCUCUCUGCCUUCACUACAGCUAUGUUGGCGCGACUUGUCCUGAAGCGAAGAGCUCAAAACCGUGCCCGGCCAAUGCCAAGGUGAUGAACAUUGUGCAGACGACCACUGCAAGGUGGUUCUCACGAGCUGUAGUUUACCAUUUCCCUCCACCAGCAACCCACCACACCUCGUUCAUGAGAUAAUCAAAAUAGAGUUGCGUAUGCAUUGAAGUGAAGAUCGGUGGAAUGACGACAGGAACUGUGGCCACUGAUACCCGCUACAAGCGAGUGCCUUACAAGCAUCUUUGCAGGUCUGACAAUUUACAUGCCUUUGUGGCACUAAAGUGUAGCACGUGUUCUCCACCUAAUGAAUUCACUGUCCAAAGUC